GUCUUUACACCCGCGCAGUUCUCGUGGCAGUAGUUGUCAUGGAGAUAGAAGUGGUCCCAGCGUCAGCUCAUGGUGAUGUUGCCAUGGAGAUCCUAGCCAAAGCUCCGCUGGCGGUGCUGGAAGAGGAAGAUAGCAGCGCGGGACUGGCAUCCGAGGAGCUCGGGGAACGAGUUCAGCACCGCGGACAGCACCGUCGACGAGGACCACCGUUCUGUCACGAAAGAUAUUACAUGCUUAUUGUGAUCGGAGAGAUCGCGACAGAACUCCAGCUGCAGUCUGUCAGAGAACACAUUGAACAGGGUAUUCGCUCCUGGGACAUCAGCCUCACUUCCUGUGACCUUCCGCGGGAGUUGCAGCUCUUCGUGACGCGGCACUCUGCCCAUUUUUCUGAAGAGGUUAGAGGACAGAGAACUCUGCACCACUGCAGUGAUGUCCUGGAGACUGUGGUCUUAGUCAACCCCUCAGAGGGCGCCGUCACAUCUGAGGUCUGGGACUUGAUCUACGACUCGGCAGCACAUAAGUUACUGAUUCUGAGUGGUCAAAGCAGUGACCAGGGCAGUGACCUCCUCUUGCAGAGCGGGGCAUUCUCCUUCAAAAACGUCUCAGAAAUCUUCUGUGAUCCUGGGGUUGUUGACUUGCUUGGCAGAGCAGCCCCUGAGCACCAGGCCACACUUACGGUGUCCUGCCGUGGUGAGGGCUGCUGGAGCUUCCUGGGCAGGCAGCAGCACUUUCAGGAGUUCUUCAAAUACAGACUGAAUCCUAAGCCUGCAUUGCCCAAGAUGGACGGGGUCACAGACUUCACUGAGUAUCUUUCUGAGACAGUGGAUGUGCCAUCGCCCUUUGACCUCCUGGAGCCACCCACCUCUGGGGGCUUCCUAAAGCUGUCCAAACCAUGCUGUUACAUCUUCCCUGGGGGAAGGGGAGACUCUGCCCUCUUUGCAGUGAAUGGCUUCAACAUAUUGGUGGAUGGAGGUUCAGAACGCAAGUCGUGUUUCUGGAAGUUGGUCAGACACCUGGACCGAAUCGACUCCGUUCUUCUUACGCAUAUUGGGGCAGAUAACCUCCCUGGAAUCAAUGGGCUCCUCCAGAGAAAGAUGGCUGAGCAGGACGAGGAAAGGUCACAGGGCUCCACCACCUACAGUGACUGGAUGAAGAACCUGAUCUCCCCAGAGCUGGGUGUUGUGUUCUUCAAUGUUCCUGAGAAACUUCGGACACCUGAAUCAACUCUAAAGGCUAAGCGCAGCAUUGAGGAGGCUUCUCUUACUCUGCAGUACCUCAGCAAACUAGGAAUAAAGCCCGAGCCACUAUUCAGGGCGGUCAGCAACACUGUGGAGCCCAUUACCUUGUUCCACAAGAUGGGUGUGGGCCGUCUUGACAUGUAUGUUCUAAACCCAGUGAAGGACAGUAAAGAGAUGCAGUUCCUUAUGCAGAAAUGGGCUGGAAACAGUAAGGCUAAAACAGGAAUUGUGCUGCCCAAUGGAAAAGAAGGGGAGAUCUCUGUUCCUUACCUGACUUCUGUAACAGCUCUAGUGGUCUGGCUCCCUGCUAACCCUUCAGAGAAGAUCAUUAGAGUGCUGUUUCCUGGAAACGCUCCACAGAACAAAAUCUUAGAAGGACUGGACAAGUUGAAGCACCUUGACUUUCUGCGUUACCCAGUAGCCACUCAGAAAGACAUAUCCUCUGGAGCACCCCCUACCAUUGUAAAACAGACAAAAAUGAAGCAAAGGGUCGACAGCAAAGAAAGCCUUAAAUCUUCCCCCAGGACAAAUGUAGCCUCAAAAGCUGCUAAGAAAGAGGGAGAUGGGUGCGAGGAAAUGUUUGUCACAGAGACAAAGAGUGGCUUUGUAAAGGAGAACAAGAUUGAGAAAAAAGAGAAGAAACUGAGAGAAACUGAUAAAAUUACCAAGCCAGUGAAAGCUAAGACAGACUCAUCUGAGACAGUAAAACAGGAGAAAAAGAAGCUAACUAAGGAAAAGUCUAUGAAAAAACAUACAAAGGACAGGGUGUCCAAGAUGGAUGAGAAGAAGGACAAAGAGAAGAAAGAGAUCAAGAAGGUAAAGAAAGAUGAUUCAGCUAAAAAAGAUGAUAAAAAAGAAAGCAAAAUGAAGGAAGACAAAAAGAAGGAUGCAGCUAAGCCAGAAUUAAGAAAAAUCACUAAGCCUGACCUAAAACCCUUUACUCCAGAGGUUCGAAAGACCCUGCACAAAGCUAAAACGCAUGGAAAAACUGACAAAACCAAAGCUAAAAUAGUCAAAGAACAAACAGCUGUAUGUGCGCCUACUGCAGUACCAGCUACUGAAGAGAUUCAACCAGAGACUCGACCAGAAACUCAACCAGUGAUACAGCCAGGAGCUCAACCAGAGACUCUGCCAGAGAUCCAAUCAGAGACCCUGCCAGAGAUCGAACCAGAGGCUCAGCCAGAGAGCCAAAUAGAGGCUCAGUCAGUAAGCCAACCAGAGACCCAUCAAGAGAUCCAAAUUGAGACUCAGCCAGUGAUCCAACCAGACAUACAAUCAGAGACUCAACAGAAGACUGAGUCAGAGAUUCAGCCAGAGAUACAUCUGAAAUCAGAAGAACCAGUGAUAUUGGAGGAUAGCUCCAUCAUUUCCUCCCCAGAAGAUCUCACUAAGGAUUUUGAGCAACUGAAACAGGAUGAGCUAUCCAAACUGGAAACAGUACCAGCAGACGAUAAAUUGAUGUCAUCAGAGCCUUGUGCAGAUGACACUGCGGUGCUGAGCCCUCAACAGGAGGCGGCAGGACUAAUCAAAGUUCCAUCCCACACUAUAACAGACACAACCUUACCACCCUUGUGGCCUCCUGAUGAUGGAGUAACAGCCACAGACACUGGGACUGAAUUUCAUUUCAGUAAGCAGCUCCCUAGAGAACUGGAGGCACAAUCACUGGCUAAAGAGGAAGAACCAUUUGAAGAUGAAGGUGCAGCCAUGGAUGAUGAUGACAUGGAAGAGGAGAGAGGACAUGCUAAAACGAAAACAGUGGAGGAAGAAGGUGAUAUGGGAAUGGGGGGUGAAGAAGAUGAAGGAAAGUGGAAGGAGGUUAAAGACAAUGAAGGAGUGGAAAGAAAGCAUGAGGAAGAGGAGAUGGAGAAAAAUGAAAAAUGUACAAGAAAGGGUAAAACACAGGAGGAUCCUAAAAGGAUGAAGGAUGAUGAAAAGGAAAUCGGUGUCAUGGAGCAAGCAGAAUUAGAGGCGGUUCAAGACUUAAAUGCAGUUGGUGAUGAGGAGUUUAAGGCUAAAACCAAAGACGACAAUAUAGAAAACAUUGACAAAAUGGAGUGGGAUAGUAAACAAAUGGGAGAUGACUUAUCUGCAAAAGAAGAUGAGGAUGAUGCUGGAUAUCUGUCCAACAUAGGAGCCACCACUGCUGCCAUUACAUCAACUGCACAAGGAGCCACUGCUGCAGAGCAUGUCUCCUAUAUUCAGGACGAGACUAUCCCGGGAUAUUCUGAAACCGAACAGACAAUCUCAGAUGAAGAGAUUCAUGAGGAAUCAGAAGACAGGAUGCCACACCUCUGUUAUGAAGUUGGGACCUAUGACAUUUCUGUCCCAGAUGAAACUGGGUCCUUCCAUGCCAUCCAUGGCAUAGGGGAAGUGACAGCACCUGUCCCUGAUACACUAGACAUAGCAGCAAAGGGAUUCAUGGAUGGACAAGACUCCGCAUUAGCUGUGUACACUGCAAAUGUAAUUGCAGCACCCCUGGCAGAAGAGGAGCAUAUCUCCUCAGCUACAUCCAUCACUGAAUGUGAUAAACUUUCAUCUUUUGCCACCUCUGUUGCUGAAGAUCAAUCCAUAGCCUCUGUGACGGCACCCCAAUUGGAGGAAACUGGAAGAGGCACUUUGUUUCUGGACACAGCUAGCAACAUACCAUCAUCCGUUCAGGCUGAGGCCACCCAAGGGAGGGAUUAUGUGCACUCUGCUGGAACUAUCUCACCUACAUCCUCCUUGGAGGAGGACAAAUAUUUCAAAUCACCUCCUUCUGAGGAGCUCCAGCCUGUCCCAGCAGUAUUAGAGACAGGAGAUGAGCCAGUUCAGGAACAAGUGGAAGAAGAAGAUGAAGAAGAUGAUGAAGACCAGACACCCAAUGUUGAUAUUUCUCUGAGUAAGCUCCAGGAAGGCUAUGCAUUUCAUUCAAUGUUCCAUGACAGAGAUUCUGAAAUUCUCACUUCAUCUAUGCCACCCCCUACUUCACCACCACCUGUAGACACUCCUCACCCCCUUGCAGCUGGUGGAAUACAGGCCUCUCUGACCAAAGAGGAGCCUAUGUUGGGAGGAGCUACAAAACCUCCCUCUCCCCAACCUUAUUUCUCCAGCAUGCUGGAAUCCAGUGCUUUCUUAGAAGGGGAGGAGAGAUGCCUGAGUCCAGAUGAUAGCACAGUGAAAAUGGCCUCCCCUACACAGUCCGGGCCUCCCAGCCCUGGCCUCACGCCCUCCCGUCAGUCACCCGUGGAGAAGGUUGAUGAGUUCCCAGGACAGGAGGAUAAAAAUGGUGACAGGGAAAGUCCACCAAAAGGCUCAAAAACAGAAGAGGAAGAUGGCAAAAAAGACAAGACAGAGCCUUGUCUGCACAAACAUGAACAUUUUGAACCUGCUGAGGUGGAGAAACUGCAAACUUUUGAAAAAGAAAUUACUGAUGCUGCUUUUUCCUCAGAGGAAAUUAGAGAGGAGCUCUGCCUAAUCCCAACAGAGCUUUCACUGAAACGGGAGACUAAGUCAGUUACCUCAGUGGAUGAGUCCAGAGAAAAACAAGUGGUAUCACCCACAGAAAAAGAUGAAAAAGAUUUUAUGACAAAGGAUAUUUCCAAGGAAAUGGUAGUUCCUGAAGAAAGUAAUAAAGAGGUGGAAGAAGAUGAAAAGAGGAAGGAUGUACCUGUCAAACUGACAGAGGAAAAGCAGAGCACAUUUCCUGAUGUGAAGACCUGUGAGGCUAAGUCUUUUGAAGAAGGUAGGAUGAGGGAGGAAGAGAAAAAACAGCAGGCGAAAUCAUUGGAAGAUUCCUCCUUGCAAACCUCACAGGUUGGAUCAGAAACAAGAAAGCCAGCUACAGACUCACACGAAGAACUCAAACCUAAGCUUCUACAUUCUGAAGGAGAGGAAAAAGACAAUGAGGGUGAUGAUGUUUGCUUAUCUGGAGCACAGUCCAGAUCUGAAUCACUAGAGCCUGGCAUGUCAGAGGUAUCCAAAGUGACUCAUCUGCCCUCUUCGAUUAUCUCUGAUCAACUGGACUUGAGGAGCGUUGAACAAGCUUCCACAGUGUCCCCUGAUACGUUUUCAGAAGAGGACUUACAAACAUCACCCCUUGAUGCCAUAGAAGAAGUGAGGCAUUUUCCACCUGUACCAGAAGAGGAGAGCACUAUCCAAACAAAAACUUUAUCACUGCCUGUCACCGACACUAUGACCAUUACCUCUGCUGUCAUUGCUGUAACUCAACCCACAGAAAUUGAAAAGGCAUCUGGAAGCUUUAUACAUUCCAUUAAUGACAGCCAGGGCAGUGUGGAUGAAUCUGCUCAACCCGAUAAUAUGAUACCUUCACAUAGUCCCAGCAAAGAUGGUAAUCAGUACUCCAGAGAAGCAUCAGGGCAGCAGGCAAAAGAGGAGAAGCCAGAGAAGGAAGCAAAGCGUGAAAUGGAGCGAGAACGUGAGGCUGCCUCUCCAGUCUCUGUUCCACCUACCCCAUAUUUCAGCGUGGAAAAGGACACAAAUGAAAAAAUCUCACAAGACAAUAAAGAUGUGCCUACAGACAAAGAGAGUCAUGAUGCAACUAAGUAUCAUCCUGAGGAGAAGCUAAUCACAGAAGGACAAGAGUGGGAUGCAAAGGGUGAGCUGAAAUCAAAAAUGGGACCUGGUGAUACAGCAGAAACAGGCAGCAAAGCUAUAUUUGAGUCAGAAGCUAAAGAAAAGGUUGAUAGGGGAGCUUCAGGAGCUUCUGUUGAGGAGCAGGACAGAGAGGAAAUUCUGUCAUUCAACAAAGCUGAUUACCAUGCAGCUGCUUUCAAAGAGACAGAGAAGAGUAUUUGUUUUGAUCGUGAUAACUCUCCAGAACAUGAAGUCCGUGAGAAAGGCCAGGAGGAGGAGAGUGAAAGGGAGGAGAGACAAGAUACUCCUUUUGUCGAUGGAAAAACCUUCAUGUACACUGAAAUCUAUGACAACAAAACAACUGAACACCUGGAACCCAAACAUCAACAGGAACAGCUUGACAAAAGUAAAGAAAAAACUAUUGAGAAAGAGGAAACUAACGAGAAAGGGGAGUCUGCAGGCAAAGAGAAAACUCCUGAAAAAGAGGUUGCAUCCGAGAAAAAAGACCUGUCUCCUUCAGCAACGACCGCAGCUGUGGACAAUAAUGGAAUGUCUGCCCAAGAGGAUGCAUUUCCCAGGGGUGCGUCAGGUGAAAAAUUGUCAUCUUCACCCUUGCCAGACCAGUCUAAUCUGGAGGCAAAAUUGUCCACCUUACAUGUUGAUGAUGUUCCAGAGAAACAGUCCGCAGAGAAGGAGACAGAGAAGGAAAAGACAACAUCUGAGAAUGAGAAAGAAAAACAAUAUGUACUUGAAACUGAUAAAAGAGAAUUUCCUUCAGGUUACCCUUUACCAGCAGAGAAAGAUCUUUCCUCCUCAGUCUCUUUGUUUGAUAACAAAGACAGCCACACCAGUACAGUCACCUGCACUAAAUCAUCAGGCCAGCACUUGGAUGACAAUAUUAUGGCAUCUGAGUACUCUGACAAUAGUAGUCCUGGUCCCAGUAAAUCUGGGAUAAGUCUCAGUGGAAAAGAGGGAGCCAUGGUGAUGGGUCAUAUGAGGUUAAUGAUGGAAGAAGAGGAUGAUGAGGAUGAAGAAGAUGUGGAGGCAGACGAGGAGGAUGGCAUGGGAGCGAAUGACUCAGAUUUGGAGAAAGGUGCCAAAGAAAAAUCAGAAAAGGAACAUGUAAGUUCUUUCAGCGAUGCCACCAGCUCAAAAUGUCCAGAGAUGAAAGAAACAGAGACAGACAUCUCCAGUGUACCUACAUAUGAGUAUGGCUUCAACGGGCAGGGAUCACCCUCUACAUUUGCACCAUCUCAACCCAGCCACAGCAGCCAACAGAUUGAGGCUGAGGAUGAUGCUGAGGCCGAGGAUGUUUCCCAUUUUACCAAAGGCUACACUGAAAUGGGAUUAACAGGAACUGAAGAGCGUCCUUCUGAACCUAGGUAUUCCUGUGAUGAGGACAGCAGAGACUCUAAUCUCAGCAGCCAGGUGGACAGCAAAGAGAAGAAAGACAGAUUCCCUGAUCAAUCUGAACCUGCCCUGCCAGCUAAGCCAAGUGAAGAUCACCACCACAGGGAGACAGAACUAAAGCUGGAAGACCAGGACACGCAAGACAUCCUAAGCAAAGAAUCUGAGGAUUCUGCUUCUUUUAGUUUAGGCUACACAACCACACUGGCCACUGCACAUUCCUCUGUCUCUUUCUUAUCCACCUCUGCCUCCCCCUCUGACAACCGCCAGCUUGGAGAGGAGCGGGAGACACAUGCUGUGACAUCUGACACACCUUCCAGGCCUGAAAGUGCAGGCUUUGAAUAUUCCUCUUUUAAAGAGGAUCACUCCUUUGUCAUGGGUUCUCCUUUUUCAUGUUCUGGGGGUCUGGUUAAAGACGAGUACCUGGAGGUCUCUGAAAAGCUGACCGUAACAACAACAACAACCACAGAGUCAACAUCCAGCCUCACAAAAUUCAGAGAUGAAGAGAUGAAGCCCUUCUCUUCAGUGGAGGAUAAAACAAAACAGGAUUUUGCAUCUGAGCAGGAUAAAAAGGAGCAGUAUUUUUCAUAUAAGCUGGAUAAGACAGACCAGCCUUUCAUAUCUGAAAAGGAUAAGGAAGGUCAGCUGUGUCCAUCAGAGCAGGCUAAGAAAGAACAUGAUUUUGCAUCUGAACAUGAAAAUGAAGAACAAUAUUUACAAUCUGAGCACGUUAGAAAAGAGCAGUUCUUUCCAUCUGAGCAGGAUAAGAAAGACCAGCCUUUCCCAUCAGACCAGGACACGAAAGAGGGUUUUUUAUGUGAACAUGAUAACAAAGAGCAGUAUUUCCCAUCUCAGCAGGUUAAAGAAGACCAAUCCCAUCCAUGUGAACAUAAGAAAGACCAAUCAUUCCCAUUUGAAGAUGCUAAGAAAGAGAAGCAUUUCCCAUUAGGGCAAGCUACUAAAGAGCAGCCCUACCAAUCUGAAGAGGGUAAGAAAUUGCAGCCCUGCCUAUCUAAACAUAAGACUGACCAGUCUUUCCCAUCUGAGGAUCAGAAAGAGCAGACCUGCUCACCUGAACAUGAGAAAAAACUGCCUUCAUCACCUGAUGAGGCUAAGAAAGAACAUGUUACAAAAGAACAGCCCUUCCCAUCAGAACAGGUUAGUGAGGAGCUGCCUUUCCCCACUGAGCAGGCUAAGAAAGAGCAGCCUUUGCCAUUAGAACAAGAUAAGGAGAAGCCCUGUGCUUCAGAGCCGGAUACAAAAGAACAGACCUUCCCUUUAGAACAAGCAUUGAAAGAGCAGACCUUCCCUUCUGAGCAGGAUGCAAACGAGCAAUUUUGCUCACCUGAGCAUGAGAAAAAACUGCCUUUAGCACCUGAAGAAGCUAAGAAAGAACAUGUUACAAAAGAACAGCUCUUCCCAUUUGAAGAGGCUAAGAAAGAGCAGCCCUUACCACCAGAGCAGGCUGCAAAAGAGCAGUCCUUCCGAUCUGAAGAGGGUAAGAAAUUGCAGCCCUGUGCUUCAGAGCCGGAUACAAAAGAACAGACCUUGCCUUUAGAACAGGCAUUGAAAGAGCAGGCCUUCCCUUCUGAGCAGGAUACAAACGAGCAGACUUGCUCACCUGAGCAUGAGAAAAAACUGCCUUUAGCAUCUGAAGAAGCUAAGAAAGAACAGGUUACAAAAGAACAGCUCUUCCCAUUUGAAGAGGCUGAGAAAGAGCAGCCCUUACCACCAGAGCAGGCUGCAAAAAAACAGUCCUUCCAAUCUGAAGAGGGUAAGAAACUACAGCCCUGUGCUUCAGAGCAGGAUACAAAAGAGCAGACCUUGCCUUUAGAGCAGGUUACGAAAGAGCAGACCUUGCCUUCAGUGCUGGAUACGAAACAGCAGAUCUUCCCUUCUGAGCAGGAUAUGAAAGAGCAGACCUUGUCGUCAGAGAAGGAUACGAAAGAGCAGACCUUGCCUUUAGAGCAGGAUACAAAAGAGCAGACCAUGCCUUCAGAGCAUGAUACAAAAGAGCAGACCUUCCCUUCAGAUCAGGAUACAAAAGAGCAGACCUUUCCUUCAGAGAAGGCUACGAAAGAGCAGACUUUCCCUUCAGAUCAGGCUACAAAAGACCAGACCUUCCCUUCAAAGAAGGAUAUGAAAGAGCAGACCUUGCAUUCAGAGAAGGAUAUGAAAGAGCAGACCUUGUCGUCAGAGAAGGAUACGAAAGAGCAGACCUUGCCUUUAGAGCAGGAUACAAAAGAGCAGACCAUGCCUUCAGAGCAUGAUACAAAAGAGCAGACCUUCCCUUCAGAUCAGGAUACAAAAGAGCAGACCUUUCCUUCAGAGAAGGCUACGAAAGAGCAGACUUUCCCUUCAGAUCAGGCUACAAAAGACCAGACCUUCCCUUCAAAGAAGGAUAUGAAAGAGCAGACCUUGCAUUCAGAGAAGGAUAUGAAAGAGCAGACCUUGCCUUCAGAGCAGGUUAUGAAAGAGCAGACCUUGCCUUCAGAGCAGGAUUUGAAAGAGCAGAUCUUCCCUUCAGAGCAGGAUUUGAAAGAGCAGACCUUGCCUUCAGAGCAGGAUUUGAAAGAGCAGACCUUGCCUUCAGAGAAGGAUAUGAAAGAGCAGACCUUGCAUUCAGAGCAGGAUAUGAAAGAGCAGACCUUCCCUUCAGAGCAGGAUACAAAAGAGCAGACCUUCCCUUCAGAGAAGGCUACGAAAGAGCAGACCUUCCCUUCAGAUCAGGAUACAAAAGACCAGACCUUCCCUUCAAAGAAGGAUAUGAAAGAGCAGACCUUGCAUUCAGAGAAGGAUAUGAAAGAGCAGACCUUCCCUUCAGAGCAGGAUACAAAAGAGCAGACCUUCCCUUCAGAGAAGGCUACGAAAGAGCAGACCUUCCCUUCAGAUCAGGAUACAAAAGACCAGACCUUCCCUUCAAAGAAGGAUAUGAAAGAGCAGACCUUGCAUUCAGAGAAGGAUAUGAAAGAGCACACCUUCCCUUCAGAGCAGGAUACAAAAGAGCACACCUUCCCUUCAGAGCAGGAUACAAAAGAGCAGACCUUGCCAUCAGAGCAGGGUAUGAAAGAGGUUUCCAGUGCAAUAGGCUCCAUGGCAGACCAGCCUCUGCAUUCUGAUCCAUGCUCUUCUAAGCUUGAUGAAGCUGAGGCACCAAAGAAACCCAAAGAUCCUGGAUCAGCUGCACCUUCUUCACCACAGUUACAAUUUGUCCAGGAAGGGUCCCGCAGUCUGUUUGAGGUCUCUCCAUUACAGCGAGCUGAAUCCUCAGAUAAAGACUUGGAACUAGAGAAUAAAGGUAGUGACGAAGAGCCUGAGAUGUGUGGUAUGGAACAGAGCACUUUACCAUGUCGAAUUGAAUGCCAAAGAUCUCCCACGGUCCCUACCAAGCCAAAGGAAGGAGCGCAGUGCACCUCACUGACCCAGGUGGGGAGUAGCACUUUCCCUGAUGUGCUGACAUCAUGUUCUUCCCAUCAAUCACCACAUACUAUGGACACAUCAUCAGAUAACAGUGGUACACAAUUCAGCAUAGUCCUUCCAGGGACCAUUUGUAGAGAAAUGCCCAGCACCUCAUUGGCAGCAGGUGAAAAAAACAUUGAAUAUGAGGAGGAGGAGGAAGAAGAAGAGGAGGAAGACAAGGAGAGAGGGAGGGAGCAGUCAAGAAAGUUGAGCAAUACAUGUGGGAUGCUGAAAGGUUUAUAUCCAGGUGAUUCACCUCCACUUUAUAGAGAAGUAGAUGAUGACCAGGAAGAAGAAGAGCGAGAGCCAGACCACCCUGCCCGACCCCUCUCACUGACAUCAGCCGAUCAGCCCUUCCACUCAUCCAUCUCCCCAGAGACAUCCCAAGAAAUAGGAUGUGACCCUGAGCAUCCGAGUGUCUGCACAGAGGUCACUUCCUCACACACAUCUGCCAGCUUCUCAUCCAGUGAAUACAAGCAUCGCAAAGGAGAGAUCUCCCCAUCAUUCAUUAACCCCAGCCCACAUCAGCUGUCCAGUGCAGAGGAGGAAGCCCGGGACAGUGACCAGUCCGAGGAGGGUGAGGAACAUCGGCAGCAGUCUUCAGUGAAGAAGAGAUCCCACAAACAUCAGCGCCACCACCAUACCCAUGGCCACCAGGGGGAGAGCACCAGUGCCACAGUUCCCAGGGUGAUGCUGGCUGGGGAGGAGACUCCACCUACUUCAUUGAGUGAAUCUCUGGCUUCACAGUCUGACUCUGAUGUGCCCCCUGAGACAGAAGAGUGUCCAUCUAUUACUGCAGAAGGCAACUUGGACUCAGAUGAGGAUGCUGAGCAUUUGCCAGUAGACAAAUCAGCUGGGGCCACUGGAACAGGUAGCCACCACUCACCAUUGCAAAAACCAUUGGAAAGGAGCCAGGACCCCCUGCCUGCACCAAUGAUGGACCCCUUUCCUCGUCCCCCUCACCCUGAUGUUUGCAUGGUCGACCCAGAGGUUCUGGCCAGUGACCAGAACCACACAGAUAGACCAUUCAAGAGGGAUAUGAAGGCUAACAAAGGUCUGCGGAAGUCACUGGGGAAACCAAAGUCAGCCUCUCCGGUCCGGAAAAGUGAAUCUAAGGCAAGAAGAUCCAGCACUCCAGUCAAACAGACCACUAAAGAUUCCUCACCUCGAGCUUCUUCUCUGAGGAGGAAGGAGGCAGAGAAGACAUCCAGAAUCUCAAGGGCAUCAGAGGGUCAGGGGUUACAAGGGGAAGAGAACCCUGGGAGAGGUCUGGUCAAUGGGAUCAAAAGCAACACAGGUUCUAACUCCCAGAAGUUUAGUUCAACUGCAUCCUCUGGAUCACCUAUCUAUGUGGACCUGGCCUACAUCCCCAACCACUGCAGUGGCAAGAACGUGGACCAGGAGUUCUUCAAGAGACUGCGUGCCAUGUAUUACGUGGCGAGCGGGAAUGAUGUGGCCAGCGGGGAGCCAAGCCGUGGGGUUCUAGACGCACUGCUGGAGGGCAAAGCCCAAUGGGGCUCAAAUCUCCAGGUGACACUAAUCCCGACCCAUGACACGGAGGUGAUGCGGGACUGGUACCAGCAGACCCAUGAGAGACAGCAGGAGCUCAACAUCAUGGUUCUGGCCAGCAGUAGCACUGUCGUCAUGCAGGAUGAGUCUUUCCCAGCCUGCAAAAUCGAGUUCUAAAGGCCCAGAUGGGCCAUGAGUCCUGUAGCCCCCUGCUUCUGCCACUCUCCGUUUCUCCAUCUAUCCCUCUGUCUUUGUGUCUGUCUGUCUGUGGGAUGAGGGAGGGAGCUGUUGCAGUCAUCUCUUUAGUGAUGCCCACACCUUUCUCUAAAAGUUCUAUAUUCGUUACCAGCCUAUUUGAAGUGUGCUGCGCUCGUGUGUUUGGUCUCAAUCACUAGCCUUGUAUCACCAAACAUAUGCAAAUGUCGCGCUGCAGCACGCCGAGUACACGCAAACUCCUGUGAAAAUGUAUGUUUACCAGAGAGAAAGAGUGUGUGAAAAGUAUGUCUCUGUCUGAAGAAACAGGCUAUCAAAGGAGUAAGUGUCUGUGCACUUUAAACUUUGCAAACCUUUUGAGGUAAUUGAUGCCUUUUUACCAGUGGAAUAAUGAUAUGAAUACCUCUUUUUAAAUUAGACUCAGUCAAAGCACAAAUGUACCCUGUCUAAUAUUUAGCAUGCAACCAACUGCAGCAUAGGAGUUCCUUUCCCUUCUCCAGUGGGUGAAUUUAAAAUAAUCCAAAUUUCUCCUUUUAGCAUUAUCCCACUUAUCCAAGAGACUGGGGUAAGAGUGCACUAUCCCCCUUACUCUAGAGACUGGGUAAGCAUGCACUACCCACUUAAGGGCACCCUCUCCCACUUACCCUACAGAUUGGGUAAGUGUACACUACCCACUUUGCUAAGAGACCGGGACAAGUGUUCUACCCACAUAUCCUAGAGACUGAAUCUUUGAAUUUCUAUAAGGCAGUGUUGCUGAGUUCUUGUGCUCUAAAACUAGAGUGCCAUCUAUACACCUGUUUCAGGUGUGGACCACUCCCCCAGAAGUACCUGUGCCUAAUGUCGCAGGUGAAACUACAAACACUGAAUAUAUGAGAAGCUUCUUUUACCUAACCUACAGAAACACUCUUACAAAGAAGGGAAUGGCUGUUUAGGCUGCUGUUUUUAAGGGUAAUUAUAUUAAGUGCUGAAAUUAAUAUGUGGUACAACAGUAAAGAACCUUCUCAAAUUCUCGUACUCUGUGGACACAGCUUUUCAGAAAUGCGUUAUAUUUCUGUCUUUAGUGAAAAAAUAAUGCAAAAUAUUGAGCAGUCUGGAGUCUCCUGACUGCAGUAUUGUACGCACAGUUUGCUUGUAUACAGAUAGGACUUCCCUCUGUGGAGGGAUUCAUUUCCCAAAGGGAGAUUUUCUCUCAGAAUGUGUUUCAUGGGUUCAGCUCAUGUGAAAUGAAGUGCACUAUAGUGAAAUCUGUGGUUUAUUAAUGUAUUCAAUUUUCCUGUGUCAUAUAUGACAUGCAUUUUAAGGCAUGUAGUUGGAGUGUCAGUUAAAGAAGAUUUUUGUUGAAAGAAGUGUUCAGUAUGCAAACACCUGAGGGUGUUUACCUUUGCUGUGUGUGUGGUCUGGUCAGGUGGAGCAUCUAGCCAUCACUUGCUCUGCACUGUUUUAUUGGAGCCAGACUUUUGCUGUUGAGCUGAGCUCUUAAGAAUUCAGGCAGCAGAACCCGCAGGCUGUGUCUGAUUCAUGUUCUCCAAAUGUGGAGAAACCGUACACAUUUUUGCUAACUAUGCUACAGCAUGCUGUCACAGCAUUGUGAUCAUUCUGUCCCAACACAUUUUAAUUAUACUUGGUGAAUAUAUAAAUAAACAUAUAUAUAACAUAAAGAACUGUGCAUUAGACAUAAAAUAAUAAUUGCUGUUGCAAAGUAAUAAUUAAAGGGUGCCUUUGAGGCAUUUUGUUGAAUAUAGUUGAUCAACCAUUGGUUCAUGUAAUAAUUUAGCAUUCUCGCUCCGUCUUCAUCAUGUUCUCUCAAAGUAAAUUUGCACUGGUGUUUGAGCACGUUGAUGUGAGACCUCUAGGGUAUUGCACUAGAUAAAUGCAGCUGCCUAUUUUCAUGUAUAUUGUGUGUAUUAUGGGAUUAGGAUAUUUUUACACAUAAAAUAUAUUGCAAGUCAAUAAAUUAAAAAAAAAAAAGACAUGAGAAUCUUAUAUAUUCAAAAUGUAAUUGUCCUUGUGGCAGACUACUGGAAUGUUUGUAUGGGAUUUCCUGUAUUAUGAAUACAGUAUUUUUUGCUUUGGUUCUAUCAUUCUUUGGUUUAUUUUGAGAGUAGUGUUCACAUGGGAUGUAAUAACGCAGAAACUUGAUCUAAAGUUGUUUCACAGGUGUCCUAAGAGAGUGUCUCCCCAGAGAGCAUGUAUGAAUGAGGCUGUGGUCCAUGCACUCGUACCCGCUGUAAAUGUAGCAAUAGAGAAGGUUUCCUAUGCUAGAAUCUUGCUGACACCUGUCAAUGCUAAGGAGCGGAUAUCCUGAAUUACUGGGGAUUUAGACAUGUUAACUGUGCAUGAAGCAAUCCUGGGAGGAUUUCUGCUUGAUGGGGGUUUAACAGACACACUCAUGUGCCUUGGGGUUUGGGUUGGGGAAGGGGGGGGGGGAGUAAAGGUCAAAGGUUAGAGAGAAGACUGUAGUUGAAAAUAGCAUUAUCAAAGAGCAUAAUUGCACCAAGAAGAAUUGCACUAGUGGUUCAUUAGUUGAUACAUAUGGAUCAAAGAUGAAUGGAUGUACUGAAGUUAUAGUGAGAGUUAAGCACAUAUAUAGACCUAUCCCCAUUUCUAAUUUUGGAGUACAAACAUUUUGGAUACAAAAUUGUAAGUGAAUGAGCAAGGCCUACAGAAUUUACCACCAACUGACAAUGUAUGAGUCUGCUUGUACAAAGUAUCUUUCAUCUGCAAUGGUGUAUGAACAUUUUCAAAUCUUGUGCUGAUUUCUGGAAUGCAGAGAGUAUGCUUUGUACAGACAGUGAGACCGUACAGUUUAAUAGUGAAUGCAUGGUGGUUAUACAGUGUAGCUGUACACCUUUCUGAUGGUAGUACCAUAUUUUUGUGUUCGUAUGAUUAUAAAGUGGUCAUUAUUUGUUGAAAAUUGUUGGUCUCCAUAGCAGGGACCUGUGGAUAUGUUUUUGUUUUAAUACCAUGUCACAUAAAGCUUGUAGAUUAUGUUUUUAAAACUGUCUUAUAUGUUUUAUUCUAGAUAUCAUAUUUUUGGUCUACUUUUGUUUCUCGGUAUUGUUAAACAGGCUUAUCAUCAACAGUAUUAUAUUUUAUAGUGAUAUGUGUUGCUUUAAAAUGUUUGGGCCAUUAGCACUAAUCAGUCAUGAGGCACCAGGUUGUUUACAUGCGUCUUUUGCAUUGCCGUGAUUUUGGACAGCUGACAGACUGGAUUAUGGCACUUUGCUCUGUUUAUGAAGGUUGUUUAACUAUGUGUUCGCUUUCAAAUGCUACAAAGCUUACAACAAUGAGGAAUAAACUGGGUCUUGUUGCGGGGGGGAGGGAGGGAGGUGCAGCAGGGGGCAUUAAGCUUUAGCACAGCUGAACCCUCACCUGCCCUUCCCUGCCCUGCUCUGUCUUGCCUAGGGCUAAGUGUUAAUGCCAUGUGAUUAGCCACAGAACAUAGCCUUUGCAUGCACAUGGCUUUGCUGUAGGUGCAUUUAUAUAAAGAUACCAGGGCAGUGUCUUUAAAGUAGGACCUGCCUACUCUUCAUGCUGCUAUAAGUAUGUAAUCUAACAGGUUCAUUAGAUUGCUCUGUAUGCACAAAUACGUGCUCUUGGGGUGAGGGUUCCAAAGCGCUUGUUGUCAUGGAGACCUUGUCAGAUCUGGUCUUCACAGCUCAACAUGUUUUCAUCCCUCGCCUAACCAGAGCUGCAUGAGCAAAUCUUUCUAGUUUCUUAGCAUAUGUUGAGAGCAUACACCAAAAGUAUAUAUCCAUGGCUUUGGUUCACAUCCUUGUCUUUAGAUACCUGAGUAGUCCGUUUCAUUGUCUCCCUAUUCUGUAUCAAUUAUUACUAUAGUUUCCUUGUCAUUUGACCAUACAGCUAGAAAAAAAGAAAUAAAAAAAUAAUAAUCAGUCUCUUAGCAGGGGCCUCUCCAGUCCCCAGAUAAAAGACACACUCCCAAAAACAGUGGCAACUGGCAAAUUCAUACACAUUCACAGACAUACACACAUACACACACAUGCACAUGCACACUCGCCUGUACCAAACAUAGAAGCGUGGAAUGGUAUUUUUGAAAAUAGAGCUGCCACUCUUAAAGCUGUUUCAAAGAAAAACUUCAGCUGAACUAAGACACUCUAGUCUGCGUAGUAAAAUAUAGCUAGUAUGAAAUGAAGAUGGAGGACAACAUGAGGGGACACAUACAAAGAUAGGAGAAUAAUAGAAGGAGAGAACUGAGACCCUGCUGUGUGUGUGUUGUGCGGGUAUUGCUUUAUUUUCCAGACUUUCAGGAGAACAAAACAAAGAAGUUAUUUGAUAAAAAUGGGUCCGAUCUUUGCUUCAAAGCCACUGUAGUUUCAACUGUAAGACUUCAAAGUGUUACGUAUGGAACAAGACUUCAGAUCUAACAAUACUACUAUGUAUACAGAGAAAUACAGCUAUAUACAUGUGAAAUGUGCAUGUACAAACUGAAACAAACCAGACUGAUCAGUUGAUCUAAGACAUUUAAUUCUCCAUGGACAGAUUAUAGAUUUUUUUUCCAGGGAAAAAAUGAGUGGGGGGUGGGGGGGGGGGGCGUCGUUGAUGAAUUUCUGUCAACUUUGUUUCCGCAGCUUUCUCCAAACCCUACAUCCAGACAGGAUAUAAUCAUCAGAUCAUAAUAAUGACCAUAAUUAUGACCAUUAUAAUGAGCUUGGCUUGUUUCUGCAUGUGGUAAAUUAUAAUCCUGUAUGUAAUAGUUUAAAUGGAAAUUAAAUCCUGUUUUAAAAAAUGUUUAAAAAAAUAGCAAAUUGUAUUAAAAUACUGGUUCUGAAACAGCCAUGCUUCUUUUUCCUGCGUGGGGUAUUGUAAAGAGAUUGCUGUGGUAGUUCAUCUUUUCGGCACUGUGUUAAUCUUAGUUGAGCGGUUAUUUUGUGUGCAGUACUCUGUAUCUCUCUUUGAAUCUAAAAUUAAAUAGGCCUAUUGCAGAUUUAUUGUAAAAGGGAAACAGCCUGAUGAUCACCAAUAAAUUUAAUGAGAAUCAGA